AUGAGGUUUUGGUUCGUGCUGUUGGCGCUGUUGGGAAAAGAAACACGUGCAAAUUAUUAUGAAAGGAAUGCACUAAACGCGACAGCCGCUAAUAAAGUGUGUGAGUUAUCGACAUAUCUUAAAGGGGUAGCACACAGAGUAAACAGCGGGAGUGCUGCGGUUAUGAAGAAACUGUCAGAUUUGAAGAUCAAAAGCGCGCAGUUGCAGUUAUCGGUAAUGCGAAACAGCGUACCUUCUAGUGAGAAAGAUUGUAAAGACAUCAGGACACUCUUGAAAACAGUAUUGAAGAAUGAGUUUACAUUCCAGCAGGAGUUAGAGGAAAUGAGGAAUGCAUCGGCGCUAGCAGCAGCCGCCGCUGGGUUAGCAGCCGGAAGACUGGAAGAGUGGAUUUUUGCAUUUGCACAGGCGGCACGCACGACGUCGCAGUUUUGCAUAAGCGUGGGAGGGAGCAGGCCAGCGGUGCACGACAAGUUGCAAGAAUGUUUUCGUGGAACAAUUGGACCUGAAACCCUUUACAAAAUCGAGGAUUCACAUGUAACGAAGUCGGCAGAGAAAAACUUGCAACUCCACGAAGCGCUAUCAUCCAUUUCCUUCAGUAGCUUGGGUGCGGAGAGCAUCAUUGAACGAAAUGAAGACAGGGGUUGCAACUUGAUGAGGACGGCAACAGACGGUUUAUUAAAAGGUGGGUCAUUGAGUCACAGCUUCACGUGGGGUGGUGGAGUGAUGAAUUUCGCAUCAAGUGUGGAAGGCAAACUAAAUGUAAAGGGGGGAGAGUACGGUGACGUCACUUCCUACGGUGCAGUGCGGUGGACUGAAGAUCCCAAUAAAGUGAGUAUAUUUGGGGAUGUCAUCCGCCUGUUUGCGCGUUUCGAAGAAGCAAAAAAUGCGGUUAUGGAAAAAAUAAAAACUACCGCGGAUGAAUUGACGAAAUGCAUAGGGCACAAAGAGGCAGAACUCACUAAUGACCAGCUUCACGAGGAACUGAUCGGGGAGAUUCUGAACAGUUUGGAGUUGUCGAGGAGAGUGAACGAAGAAUCCACCUCAAGGGGACAAGAGGAGGUACGACUGAAAUCCAACUAUUCUGCAGAACCGGCGCGAAGACCUGUCAUGAGAGCGGAGUCCAAUCCGGCAGCACAUUCGGGUGUUCGUGCCGCUGCACUUUGUUCCGCAGUUCUAUUGUUGCGAAUGCUUUGA